GGCCAAGUCGGUUACUUACUGGGCAGGAGGUGGGGGCCGGGCUCCCGCUGGGCUCGUGUGUUCUGCGCCCGCCGAGGCGGUGCCGAGCCCGCUGGCUCCUGAUUGUCCUUUACGGCGGCUGCGGUCUCUGUCUCUUUGCCUCCCGACCCGGGGCUGCAGGGACCAGAGCGGUCGCGCCUCCCGCGGGCCACGGCUGCCCAGAGCAGAAACGGCCUGCUUGAUAUAUAAAUCUUGGUCGACAGCGUGGCUGCAGGCCUCUGGACUAGAAUUCUCCGUGGCUUUCUAAGUGGAGAGUGUCUGGUGUGCGCUGUCCUGGCCUGCGGCUUGCAUCAUGCCAGCCUUGUCAACAGGAUCUGGGAGUGACACAGGUCUGUAUGAGCUGUUGGCUGCUCUGCCAGCCCAGCUGCAGCCACAUGUGGAUAGCCAGGAAGACCUGACCUUCCUCUGGGAUAUGUUUGGUGAAAAAAGCCUGCAUUCACUGGUAAAGAUUCACGAAAAACUCCACUACUACGAGAAGCAGAACCCCGUGCCCAUCCUCCACGGCGCAGCGGUCUUGGCCGAUGACCUGGCUGAAGAGCUUCAGAACAAGCCAUUAAACAGUGAGAUCAGAGAGCUGUUGAAACUACUGUCAAAACCCAAUGUGAAGGCUUUGCUCUCUGUACAUGAUACUGUGGCUCAGAAGAAUUAUGAUCCUGUAUUACCGCCGAUGCCGGAUGAUAUCGAUGAUGAAGAAGACUCAGUAAAAAUCAUUCGUCUGGUCAAAAAUAGAGAACCCCUGGGAGCUACCAUUAAGAAAGACGAGCAGACUGGAGCCAUCGUUGUGGCUAGAAUCAUGAGAGGAGGUGCUGCGGAUAGAAGUGGUCUUAUACAUGUUGGUGAUGAACUUAGGGAAGUGAAUGGGAUUCCAGUCGAGGAUAAAAGGCCUGAGGAAAUAAUUCAGAUUUUGGCUCAGUCUCAGGGAGCAAUUACCUUUAAGAUUAUACCCAGCAUCAAAGAGGAGACUCCAUCUAAAGAAGGCAAGAUGUUUAUCAAAGCCCUCUUUGACUAUGACCCUAAUGAGGAUAAAGCAAUUCCAUGUAAGGAAGCUGGGCUUUCUUUCAAAAAGGGAGAUAUUCUUCAGAUUAUGAGCCAAGAUGAUGCAACGUGGUGGCAGGCAAAGCACGCGGAUGAUGCCAAUCCCAGGGCGGGCUUGAUUCCCUCAAAGCAUUUCCAGGAAAGGAGAUUGGCUCUGAGACGACCAGUACUAGUUCAGCCCUUGAAAGUUUCCAACAGGAAAUCAUCUGGUUUUAGGAGGAGUUUUCGUCUUAGUAGGAAAGAUAAGAAAACAAAUAAGUCCAUGUAUGAAUGCAAGAAGAGUGACCAGUACGACACCGCUGAUGUGCCCACAUAUGAGGAAGUGACGCCGUAUCGGCGGCAAACGAAUGAAAAAUACCGGCUUGUAGUCCUGGUUGGUCCCGUGGGAGUAGGUCUGAAUGAACUGAAACGAAAGCUGCUCAUCAGCGACACCCAGCACUACGGUGUGACAGUGCCCCACACAACCAGAGCAAGAAGAAGCCAGGAGAGCGAUGGUGUGGAAUAUAUUUUCAUUUCCAAGCAUUUGUUUGAGACAGAUGUACAAAAUAACAAGUUUAUUGAAUACGGUGAAUAUAAAAACAACUACUAUGGCACAAGUAUAGACUCCGUGCGGUCUGUCCUCGCUAAAAACAAAGUUUGUUUGUUGGAUGUUCAGCCUCACACAGUGAAGCAUUUAAGGACCCUAGAAUUUAAGCCCUACGUGAUAUUUAUAAAGCCUCCAUCAAUAGAGCGCUUGAGGGAGACAAGAAAAAAUGCAAAGAUUAUUUCAAGCAGAGAUGACCAAGGUGCUGCAAAGCCUUUCACAGAAGAAGACUUUCAGGAAAUGAUUAAAUCUGCACAGAUAAUGGAAAAUCAGUAUGGUCAUCUUUUUGACAAAAUCAUAGUAAAUGAUGACCUCACCGUGGCAUUCAAUGAGCUGAAAACAACUUUUGACAAAUUAGAGACAGAGGCCCACUGGGUUCCAGUGAGCUGGUUACAUUCGUAACUGAGGGAAACUCCCACGAUCAGCAUUUUGUAGAGUGCAUGAUGAAAUCAGUUACUGUCCCGGUGGCAGGGUUUGUUAGUCUAUGUCACUGCUGUAGACAUGCAGUCUUGCUUAAAACUGAAUGUUGGUUUUGUUUGUAUCUUUCUCCAGCCUUACUUCAAGCACAGUAUUUGAGUAGAAGAUCCAGAAUCAAAAUUUGCAUAGUACCAUCUUUUGAGCAGAGCUUUUGAACCUUUUGGUUGUCUUUAACAUACAGCUGUAUCUCCAAGGGGAGGUUGGACUUUUCAGGGAGAAACAGCCAGGGAACUGAUACUGGAGUUGUGCUUCGUUGGGUCUCAGAUGUGGUCCCUCCAUCAAGUCUGGACGCUCACAGCUGAAGGUAUGACCUUCACAGCCGUGAGCAGCUCCAGGCAAACAGGACAGCUUUGCCCUUCUUCGGAUGGGUCACUAGGCUCACCUGGGCUGACAGUAAGGCAUCCUCUUACUAUUCUAAAAGCGCAACCUUUUUCUUACAUAUCUACAAUAUAGUCAGUGUAUUUAAGGAAUUAUGACACAUUUGCCUUAGUGAGUGGCCUGCAUGUCAUAGCUUGAGAAGGCCUCUUAGGACUAUGGAUCAGUGUCCCAAAUAUUUAAUGAGGGAAGGUAAAACUUUUUUAAAUGAUUAUAUUUGUCACUAAAAGCCCUUCCUUAAUGGGAUUAGUCUUUGUAAGUAAGGUUGGUGUUCUCUUGGGGCAAGUCAUGAUUACAAAGGACAUUUUUAUUUAUAAAUCAUCAGACAGGAUUUCUGCAGUCACCAUCCAAUAAAUCAUAAGAAUGUGAUUCCUAUUCCAAAAGUAGGUGUUUUACCUGUUACCAAUACAGUUAAAAUGUGAUCGAUUUUCACACGUGCAAUUGAUUUUAAAUUGAUGUUAACUUACCUCUUCAUCAUCAAAAUAAUUCUUAACACUAGUCAGGUGCCAUCCUAAUCUUACCAUUUUUAAAGAAUUAUAAGAAAGACUCUGUAUUAUAUUUAGAUGGUUCUCAUUUUUGCUUGUUGCUACUGAACUUCAGCAAAUAAAUCACAUAGCUCAAGAUACUAGAAAGGGCCGUAAGUUAUGUAAGAGAACGCCUUGCCAUUCUUCCGUGCACUAAGACCCUGCCACUCAAAAACCAUUGCAUCUGUGACUUUCAAACAGAAAAUAUUUUUUGUUGAUUUGUAGAGUUUAGAUGUCAUGUUUAAAGAAAAAAUAGAAUGUAGUGAAAUUUUAUAUAUUUAUGAAAUCUCCCAAAGGCAUAUUUUUUUAAUCAAAUGGAGCUAUUCAUAAAUUGUAUGUAAAGAUGUCAUAAUUUAAAAUAGUUUUAUAAGUCAGGGUCAACAUUCCAUGUAAAUAUUUGACCUUUGUUCAUACACAGAUCGAUCCUCAAGUGUUAAACGCGCACCACUCAUUUGGUAGCGCUAUCCGCUGGGUUUCCUUCAGACAUGUCAGAGUUUAUGUUAGAAACAGAGACAAAAACUACUGCAAUGGCCUUGAUACACACACACUAAAACAGUCAGACUAAGUGUUACCUAACAUGAUCCAAACAGUGAGUUCUAAGUUUAUAAACCCAACAGCAAGCCAUUUAGUUUUUUAAAAGAGUGGGGAAGAGGGCUGCCGGACUUAAAGUUAUAGGGCUGCUCUAAGAAAAUACAAGUCUUACACAGAGUUUGGGCAGAGGAGACUCCUCUUUGAACGCUGGCUAAAAAUCUCCUGUAAAUCAAAAUCUCCUCUACAAAGAGUAAUGGGAAAUGUGUAAUUAAUUAUCUAGGCAAUUGUCUGAAUACUUUCGGCGUCCAAAUUCUUUACUGCGGGGGUAGAGGGUAGCGGAACGGGGUGGAAACAGAGUCCUUGUGGCUGUUGGUAGCGAUGGGGUGUUAAUACGAAAUGUAAGUGUCCAGACCUCUCUCCCUUUUCACACUAGGACUGAACAAGGGGUUUUUUGUUUGUUUUUAAUGAAAAGAUGCCCCUUAGCAAUUUGGGAAAUACUAGGUACAUGGCUUUGCAAGUGAUGCUUACAUGGCCAUUUUGAUGUCUAGAAACUGAGUAAAGCAGCGCCAGGGGCUCGCUGAUAACUACUGCAGAAGGCCCAAGACCUGCGUCUGCAGCCAGACCCCCUCCUCCUUCAGCAAGGAGACGCACACGGUGCCCCUCACUGUACUAGUUCGGCUGGCUCCCAAGACCAUGUCAGCCACUAUUUGAGAGAAGAGGAAUGUUUAUAUUUUUAAGUCCAUAUAUUUAAAAUCCAAGAUCAGAAAAUUCUGUAUUCCCAUGAUCACCAGUUGGAGAUCCCAGCUGGAGUCCAUUAGAAAGAGGUGAAAUUGAAAUAUUUUUUCCCGUUGUUUUACUUACUCAUAUAGACGUUCUUAAUAGCUGUAAGGCUGACAUUCCUGGCAUUAUAUAAUGAUUGAAUGUAUCUGAAUCAUAAUAACUUAAAAUGGACAAACCUGUAAUCUUUACAGAUUUAAAAAAAACUGUUAGUAAAAGCUUCUUGAAGGUCUAGAUUUCUAUUAAUUUAUUUUCUUUUUGACUGCUAAGGAUUUCUAAAUAAAUGUAAUGGAAAACCUUUGAUCUUAAUAAAGUAGCUUCAGAGGACAUGUGCACUUGCACAAUGUUCUUGCACUUGGG